AUGGGUAACUCAAUCAAUUUUGAUGGGCAGCUGCGCGUGAAUCGUCUCCACAGCUGCACAUUGAGAGAGUUCGCAAGCAUGCUUAUCACAAUGAUCCUUGGUAAAAUUUGGGUAAGCCCAAGAGCCAAUCCCAGUGCUCUGACUAGAUCUAAGUUGGGAACAAUAUCCACCGUUAUCUGGGGUGUUGAUCCUUACAGUCCAGUUAACGCGACUCAAAUAUUGGACGUUACCUUUGAAAGAGACCCCGGGAACAAUUACGACCCGAAUGCGAUUAGAGCGAUGUACCUGGGGACCCAGUUAGGAAAUCUCAGAUUAGAACUGGCGGCGAUUUUGGCUCCUUACUUGGACAGCAGCAUGCUUCAAUUGACAGGCAUGAUAAAGAACUGUGGGUCCCCGCCUCACCUUUUGAAUCUGAUAAUUUCUGGAAAACGGUCUUUGAAAGCGGAGUUAACCAAAAAACUGAAAGAGGAAAGUUUUCUCUGGGAUACACCUGAAGUGAUUCAGAACUUGAAGAAACUUCAGGGAGAAAUGGAUAAAGUAUUCGAAAAGAGUGCAAAGAAGCUGUACAAGAACUUUAAAAAAGUUGAAGUCAUUGAUGGAAUUUCCACUCAAUUGUAUCCCCACCAGCUGCAGGCUCUCUCGUGGAUGUGUGGCCGAGAAAACAACAAGACAUUGCCUCCAUUUUGGAAGAAGCUAACACAAACGGAUUACAAAAAUAUCGUGACAGGCGAUGUGCAAAAACACAAGCCAGCGGCCGUUUGCGGAGGCAUUCUGGCGGAUGAAGUUGGUUUGGGUAAACGUUUAGAAGUAAUUGCCCUCAUUCUUACAAAUCGGUUACACGAAGGGCAAGCUAGUUCGCGAAGUAAACUAGCUACAGCCUCUAAUGUGACCAAAGUUAAAAUCAGUUCAUUUGAAGAUACAGCUAAUAACAAAUUUGAAAAUAAUCAGUCUAGAGAAAAAAUGAAACAAGAAAGAAAAAGCAGGAGUUUUGACAUGUUCAGAGGGUUCAACCGUUACGCCCUUCCUUCGUGUCAUAAACUUAAAAUUGGACCUCCUAAAAGUACUUUGAUUGUUUGUACGUUUUCGCUGCUUUCUAAUUGGCUCAAACAAAUCGAGACACAUGUGACUUCAAACUUGGGUUUGUCUGUUUUUCUUUAUCAUAAAAAAGAUCGCUUCAACUACGCUAUGGAUUACAUUAUGAGCCAUGAUAUAGUAAUUUCGACAUACAAAGUGCUGGCCGUUGAUUUCAAGAACACGAAAAUCGGCGAAAAGUCCGAUGGAACAGGGAACCAAGUUAAAUCGAACUCUUUAUUGGAUUGCAAAUUUUUACGAGUUGUUUUGGACGAAGGAUAUUUGAUACGAAAUUCAAAAAAAGCCACCAGUCAAGCUUUAUUUUCGAUUAAAGCGGAGAAGCAUUGGAUAAUAUCAAACACGAUCAUUCAAAAUUCCCUACCGGAUUUUUGGGCUUUUAUGCGUUUUCUACGAUUAAAACCAUUUGAAAACCCAGAUGACGGCCAACGGUUGUGGAAAAAACACGUCGAAAAACCGCUUUUGAAAGAUUUUGACAAAAAGAUAGCCAAACAUUUCAAUAGCUUGCUGAUGACUCUGGUUCUGAGAAGAACUAAAACAACUGAAUAUUUACCAAAAAAGACCGUGAAACUCAUGAAAAUUAAACUAUCGACUGAAGAAAAGAAUUUGUAUCGAUCCAUGGAAAGCGCUGGAAGGGGCAUUUUCAAUUCACUUUUGUCCUUGAUUGAGAAACCCCUGCAUGAGUCGGGGUUUAAGUUCACAAAAUUUGACGGAUCCUUGCCUGCAAAAAAACGUAAUCAAGUUUUACUUUGUUUCGAAACUGAUCCCAAUACUACUGUACUUUUACUGUCGCUUCGAGCGGGUAACUCGGAACUCAACUUGACGUGUGCUUCGAACUUGUUUUUGAUGGACCCGGCGUGGAACCCAUCCUUCGAGGAUCAAUGUAUCGACAAGUGUCACAGACUAGGACAAGGUAAAAAAGUGACAAUCUACAAGCUUAUCUGCGCUGGGACCAUUGAAGACAAGAUUCUGGAGAUUCAAGAGAAGAAACGAAGCUUGGUACAGCAAAAUUCAUCGUUCACAGAUGUGGCGAACCAAUUACUCGAAGAGAGAGUCGAAGAAAUUAAACUGUUGCUUAAAAUAACGGAAGAGAUAAUCUGA